AUGGGCCAAGAGUUGUUGGUCCUCACAGUCCUGUUGCUACUGAGCCCAGGCACCCAGGCUUUCAACAGCCAGCUCAUCAAGUGCUUUGAAGAUCCUCAGUAUGAAGAGCUGGUGAGGCUAGUGAAAGAUGGGCUGGAGCACACAUUGGAAAGGAAGCGAAUAGUAGUGAUUGGGGCAGGCAUGGCCGGGCUUACUGCUGCCAAGACCCUGCAGGAUGCAGGACACCAGGUAACUGUCCUGGAGGCCUCAGGGCGUGUGGGUGGCAGAAUAGAAACACACAGAGUGCCUGGGGCACAGUGGUAUGUGGAACUAGGUGCCAUGAGAAUCCCUGCCAACCACAGGCUCUCUCGAGAACUCAUCAAGAAAUCAGGGCUGAACCUCAGAGAGUUCUGUAGCUCCAACCUCCAGACCUGGGUGCUGGUCAAUGGGGUGCGGCGGAGGACAGGAGAGGUACAGGCUGAUCCUCACCUGCUAGGCUACAAAGUCAGAGCCAAUGAAGAGGGGAAGACGGCAGAACAGCUCUUUGAUCAGGCACUGAGAAAGGUGAUAGAAGAACUGAAGACAAGUAGCUGUAGCCAGAUGUUGAAGAAAUAUGACUCCUUCACCACCAAGGAGUACCUGAUAAAGGUGGGGAACCUGAGCCGCGGGGCUGUGCAGAUGAUUGGGGACCUGAUGAAUGCAGACGCUGGCUAUUAUCAAAGUUUCAUAGAGACCCUGCGCUUUGUCAUCUCCUUAAGUGUGGAGCCCAGAUUUGACGAAAUCAUUGGGGGUUUUGACCAGCUCCCCAAGGCCCUACAUGACAAUCUCUUGCCUGGAACGGUAAAGCUCCACUCACCAGCAGAAGAGGUAGAGACAUCUGGUGACCAGGUCCAUGUCACCUACCGGACAUCUGACCCCCUACGACCCAGAGAGCGUCUGACUGCAGAUUAUGUGAUUGUGACCAGCACAGCCAAGGCUGCCCAGCUCCUCCGUUUCCGGCCACCCCUCUCCCUUGAUAAGGAAGAUGCACUGCGUUCUGUCCACUACAGCAGAGCCACCAAAGUGAUCUUGGCCUGCACACAGCGUUUCUGGGAAAGAGAUGGCAUCUUUGGCUGCAAGUCCAUCACGGACCGGCCUUCCCGCUUCAUAUACUACCCAAAUCAUGUCUUCCCCAAUGGCACAGGUGUCAUCCUGGCCUCCUAUACCCUGGAUGAUGACUCCUCAUUCUUCACUGCCAUGAAUCAUGCCCAGAUAGAGGAUAUCAUCCUGGACGACUUGGCCGCUGUCCAUGACCGCCCCAAGGAGGAGCUCAGGGCCCUGUGCCCCUACUCCACAGUCAAGCACUGGAGCCAGGACCCCUAUUCCAUGGGAGGCUUUGUCUUCUUCACUCCCUACCAGUAUGUGGACUAUGCCCAGGACCUCUGCCGGCCUGAAGGACGGGUGUAUUUUGCUGGUGAACACACAUCUUUGCCCCAUGGCUGGAUUGACACCGCCAUUAAAUCAGGGCUCAGAGUUGCACAGAGUAUCCAAGAAGCUGUGGACUUGGGUUUGGCAAAGAGCCCUAAAGUCCCAAAACAGCCUCGCUCCAAAAGUGAGUUAUAG